AUGGAAAAUUUUCCUCGGUCUAAGGAGUAUUGGCAGGUUGUCUCUGAAGGAAUCAUAGGACCAGUAGUUGGUACAAUGACAGAUGCACAGAAGACAGAGUUUGAAGGGCUAAAGUUGAAAGAUUUCAAAGCAAAGAAUUAUCUUUUCCAAGCAAUUGAUCGCACAAUCUUGGAAACAAUUCUUUGCAAGAUACUUCCAAAAAAUAUAGGAUUCCAUGAAGAAGAAAUAAGAAGAACAAUGUUGAUUGUCAACAAGAUGCGGAUUCAUGGUGAGAAGAUGGAGGAUAUGAUUGUUGUUGAGAAGAUUUUUCGCUCAAUGGCACCAAAAUUCAACUACAUGGUCGAGGAAGAGGUUCACAACAUUAACAAUCUCAGGUUGAUCACAGUUUCACAUUUCGAGGAAGAGGCAGAGGCGGAGGCAAAGGAAGAAGACGUGGAGGCCACUGAUCAACAACUGAACAUUCAAAAUUUAAAGACCAACUUGUUAAGCAUUAGCCAAUUGCAAGAGAAGGGCUAUGAGAUUACAGUAAAAAAUGGUAUUUGCCGCAUUCUUGAUGACAAAUGUAUUGUCAAUAAGCAACAUAAAGAUCCAUUUUCGAAAGGAGAAACACAAAGAGCAAGAGAGCUGUUGGAGAUUGUACACUCUGACCUCUGCGGACCAAUCAAUCCUACUUCCAAUGGAGGUAAACGAUAUGGUUUCAACUUGCUUAGUUUAGCAACAGCAAGCCCUGUAGUUAGAGGAAAUGACACUGAUCAACAAGCUUUACUCCAGUUCAAAGCCAAGAUAACUGGGGAUCCACUCAAGAUUAUGGAGUCCUGGAAUAGCUCCAUUCACUUCUGUCAAUGGAUCGGCGUUGCAUGCGGUCGCAAGCAUCGAAGAGUCACCAAGCUGAAACUUCGAAUCCUCAAACUCUCUGGAUCAUUGUCACCCUAUAUUGGAAAUUUGAGCUUCCUCAGGGAGUUGGAUCUUGUGGGCAACAGCUUCUACAACCAAAUUCCUCAAGAGAUCCGUGGUUUAAGAAGACUAGAAGCAUUAAACCUGGCCAAUAACUCCAUCAGUGGUGAAAUUCCUUCCAAUUUAUCUGCUUGUUCUAAACUUACAUUAGUUGAUAUGUCGGACAACCAGCUAACGGGAGAAAUACCUGCUUUGCUGGGUCUCUUGUCGAACCUAAAAGUAUUGGGUUUUUUCAACAAUAGUUUGAGAGGGAAUAUCCCACCUUCACUGGGGAACUUGUCAUCGCUGGAGAGACUUGGUUUAACAUACAAUGCAUUAAGUGGGAUUAUACCUGAAUCUUUUGGACGACUGAGAAACCUUUCAUUUUUCACCAUAUUCGGAAAUGCGAUUUCUGGUAUUGUUCCUGUCCCAAUGUUCAAUCUCUCCAAUAUUAGAAUUUUUGAUAUUGGUGCAAACCAGAUUGAAGGUACUCUUCAUUCUGAUUUAGAAAUCAAUAUGCCUCAUGUUGAGUUCUUUUCUGUAGGGGACAACCAAAUCUCUGGGCAAAUUCCACUUUCAAUAUUCAAUGCCCCGAAUUUUGAUGUUCUUGAAUUUUAUGAUAACAUGCUCGAUGGAAAUGCUUUAUCGAUGAGUUAUAACAACAUUUUGGGAAAAAUCCCGGAUGAGAUUGGAAAUCUCAUCAAUUUGGAGGUGCUAGAUUUAGCGCAAAAUCAACUACUGGAUCUUUCUCAUAAUAAUCUUAGUGGACCAAUACCCCCCGAAAUACUAGGACUAUCAUCCUUGUCCAUUGUUCUAAGCCUAUCGUCAAACUCUUUGACUGGUGAGCUUCCUGUUGAAGUAGAAAAACUGAAAAAUCUAGGCCAACUGGAUGUUUCCCACAACAGGUUAUCUGGUUUGCUUCCAAACAACCUUGGGAGUUGUGUAAGUCUGGUCGAGCUGUAUUUGGAGGGCAAUUUGUUUGAAGGGCCAAUUCAUCCAUAUUUGAGUUCAUUGAGGGGUCUUGAGGCAUUGGAUGCAUCCAACAAUAAUCUUUCUGGUGGGAUUCCAGAAUUUCUUGUGAGGUUUGGGACAUUAAAGUACUUAAAUCUCUCUUUCAACAAUUUUGAAGGAGUGAUACCAAGUGAAGGAGUGUUCAAGAAUACAAGUGCUAUAUUUGUUGAGGGAAAUAAUAAGCUUUGCGGAGGCAUCCCUGAGUUACACUUGUCAAGAUCGGAAGCCAACGGCAACUCAUGUAGAAAAUUCCCUUUACGGCUAUCGUACCAAAGCAUCCUAAGGGCUACUAACGGAUUCUCCCCUCAGAAUUUGGUUGGUUUGGGAGGUUUCGGAUCUGUAUACAAAGGAAUUCUUGAAGCGAAUGGAGCAGUUAUUGCAGUAAAGGUGCUUAAUCUUCUGAAUCAUAGAGCUUCCAGGAGUUUCUUGGUUGAAUGCGAGGCUUUGAAGAACAUUCGACAUCGUAAUCUUGUCAAGGUAUUAACAGCCAUUUCAGGUAUCGAUUAUCAAGGCAAUGAUUUUAAAGCAUUGGUUUAUGAGUUCAUGGAAAAUGGAAGCUUGGAGGAUUGGUUACAUUCAUCUGUUGGCAUGAAUGAACCAGAGACGAUGAGAAACCUGAACUUCAUUCAAAGAGUUAAUGUGGCCGUAGAUGUUGCUCAUGCACUGGAAUAUCUGCACCAUCGUUGUGAGACGCCGAUCAUUCAUUGUGACCUCAAGCCAAGCAAUGUUUUACUCGAUGGGGAAAUGGUUGGUCAUAUAAGUGACUUCGGCUUAGCAAAAAUCCUUUCUGGAGAUAAGCUUGACUAUUCUACUAAUGAAUCAAGCUCACUUGGAUUAAGAGGAACCAUCGGCUAUGCUCCAUUUGAAUAUGGCACGGAAAGCGAGUUGUCAACAAACGGCGAUGUAUAUAGCUAUGGCAUCCUCUUGUUAGAGAUGUUAACAGGGAAAAGGCCAACGAAUGAAAGGUUCAAAGAAGGUUUAAGUCUUCAUAACUGUUUCUUAGAUGCUUUGUUUCAAGCUUACUCUGCUCAAGCAAUUCAUUUUCAACAGAGUUGCCCAUUUCCUAGUUUCAAUCAAAGUUUCUUCAGACUCCUUUGUGUAGUUUUUGCCAAAUGCUUCAACCAUUGA